AUGACCAGGCUGCUCUUGGGGGUGACCCUGGAAAGGAUUUGCAAGGCCGUGCUGCUGCUCUGCCUGCUCCACUUCGUCAUCAUCAUGAUCCUCUACUUCGACGUCUACGCGCAGCACCUGGACUUCUUCAGCCGCUUCAACGCCAGGAACGCCUCGCGCGCCCACCCCUUCUCCAACUCCUCCCGCCCCAACGGCACCGUCCCCAGCUACGGGCUGGCUGGUGCUGAGGCCCCGUCCCCCAGCGCCCAGCCCAGCGCCAACCAGUCCGCCACCGAGAAGCCCUUGCAGCCCUGCCAGGAGACGCCUCCUGGCUUAGUCGGGCGCCUGCUCAUUGAGUUCAGCUCUCCCAUGAGCAUGGAGCGGGUGCAGCGGGAGAACCCCGACGUGCGCCAGGGUGGCAAGUACACCCCCCCAGACUGCCUGCCCCGACAGAAGGUGGCCAUCCUCAUCCCCUUCCGGCACCGUGAACACCACCUCAAGUACUGGCUACACUACCUGCACCCCAUCCUGCGCCGGCAGAAAGUGGCUUAUGGCAUCUACAUCAUCAACCAGUUCGGCGAGGACACCUUCAACCGGGCCAAGCUGCUCAACGUGGGGUUCCUGGAGGCCCUCAAGGAUGACGAGGAGUAUGACUGCUUCAUCUUCAGCGACGUGGACCUCAUCCCCAUGGACGACCGCAACCUCUAUCGCUGCUACGAGCAGCCACGGCACUUUGCUGUUGGCAUGGACAAGUUUGGGUUCAG